AGCUUUGUAGGGGUGACCCAGAAGAGUGCUUUUUCUUUGUUGAUAUGCAAGAAAACAUAUCCCGUGGAGGAAAACCUAACCGGCUUACACCAGAAGGAUACUGGAAAGCAGCUGGUACCCCCACUCUCAUCUAUUCAAAUAAUGAAAUAAUAGGAGGUAAAAGGACCAUGAUUUUCUACAGAGGUAGGGCUCCCACAGGCAGAAAGACAGAAUGGAAGAUGAUAGAGUACAAAGCCAUUCUGGGACAACCUCCUCCUACAGCUACAAUGUCUGAUGUACAGUUACGGCACGAGUUUAUAAGACGGCGAGGCUUGACCGCGGAUUCGACCGGGCGACCGUACGUCCGCCCCAGCUGCCAUUGCUGUCCCUCGAGCUGCAGAGCCGCCAUCUCCACACCUGCAAACUGUACCAGAAACCAUAGCGGAGCAGUCAUAUUCCUCCCAUCCGCAGGCUGUCCCAGAAUCCGUAGAAGAUUCAUCAUCUUCGCAGAAUAAUUUCUGGGAUGUUUGUGUUCCUUUGUGGGAUUUGGAAAUUGGAAGUCAUGGGUUUUUGAUCCACGAACUCAUAAACUGAAU